UGGUUAGCACCCACCACCAUCUUUAACUAAACAUUUUUCCAACUUUGAAAACCUCUUAAAAAUCAAAACUUUACUCCAACCCACCUCUCAAUUUUCUUGAACUCAAUCAUGGCUUCAAUGGCUGCUGAAUUUGCACUAUUAUCAUCAGGAUUAAAUUUCAAGAAAAGGGUAUUCAAUCUUCCUACUACAUCUUCACCUCUUAAACUCAGUUUCAAACAAAAGUUCAACUGCAUAACAACCAAGGCUUUGUUGCAAGAAGAAUUAAAAAAAGAAGAGGAUUUAAAGUUUGAUGUUGUGAAGGAGAUUGAAUUGAGGGAAAAUGGUUUUAUGGGUAUGAGGAAGACAAAGCUGGUGUGCACUGUGGGGCCUGCAUGCUGUAGUUAUGAAGAGCUUGAGAAACUUGCUUUGGGUGGGAUGAAUGUAGCUAGACUUAAUAUGUGUCAUAAUACUAUUCAUUGGCAUCAAGAUGUCAUUAGAAAGAUCAAGAAGUUGAAUCUGGAAAAAGGGUUUUGUGUUUCUGUCAUGAUUGAUACUGAAGGCAGCCAAAUUAAUGUUCUUGAUCAUGGGUCUCCUUCAUCUGUCAAAGCAGAGGAAGGAUCAAUUUGGUUCUUUACGACCGAAAAAUUCGAUGGUUGUCGUCCUUUCACCGUGCAGGCAAACUAUGAAGGCUUCAAUGAAGGAAUCAGAGAGGGUGAUGAGCUUGUUGUCGAUGGAGGAAUGGCUACUUUUGAAGUCAUAGAGAGAAUCGGUAAUGACUUGCGUUGCAAGUGUACAGACCCUGGUUUACUCUUACCUCGAGCUAAGUUUAGUUUCUGGAGGGACGGGAAACUUGUCGAAAAACAUCAUGAGCUCCCAACAUUCUCUGACAAGGAUUGGUCCGAUAUCGAGUUUGGAAUCACUGAAGGUGUUGAUUUUAUUGCUCUUUCGUUUGUGAAAGAUGCUGCUGUUGUCAAGCAUUUAAAGGAUCACCUGUUGACCAAAAAUAGAUUCGUGAAGGUUUUGGCAAAGAUUGAAAGUUUAGAAUCUCUAAAGAAUCUUGAAGAAAUCGUGGAAGUAUCAGACGGAAUCAUGGUGGCACGAGGUGAUCUUGGAGUCGAAAUACCACUAGAACAGGUUCCUGCAGUACAGGAAGAAAUAAUCGAUCUGUGUAGAAAGUUAAACAAGCCUGUAAUUAUAGCCUCACAGCUUCUUGAAUCAAUGAUCGAAUAUCCUACCCCAACUCGAGCUGAGGUUGCUGAUGUUUCUGAGGCGGUUAGACAACGUGCUGAUGCGUUGAUGCUGUCUGGUGAGUCAGCGAUGGGAUCGUAUGGUCAAAAGGCUAUAUCUGUUUUGAGAAUGACUAGCGCCCGAAUGGAACUAUGGGGCCGUGAGGAGAACCAACAAAGUUUUCUUCCUCAGAUUGGAGAGUCGUUGCCGGAUCAAGUAGCGGAACAGAUCUGCAGUUGUGCAUGCCAAAUGGCAAACAAACUUGGAGUGGAUGCCAUUCUAGUGUACACGACGCACGGACAAAUGGCGUCACUUUUGUCUCGUAACAGGCCAAAUACUCCAAUAUUCGCAUUUACAAACAAAAGCAACACAAGAAUGGCGUUGACUUUGGAAUGGGGUGUUGUACCUAUCGCAUUUGACUUAUCAGAUGACAUGGAUGCUAAUGUUUCUAAAACCACUCGUCUAAUGAAAGCAAAAGGAAUGAUGAGACAAGGAGAUGUCAUUCUUGUUGUUUCUGAUGUGAUUCCAAAGUCUGUUACUCCAUCUCUUUACCAAUCAUUCCAAGUUGUAGUCAUUGAAUGAAUGUUUUUUGUUUUUUUAUUGAAGUUUAUACUACAUUCUAAGUUGUUAAAAUGAAGUUUGAGUUAUCUUAUAACGAUGCCUUAGUUAUUGAUUC